AUGAGUUAUAGUUCAUUAUCAUGUCCUUCCCCGGUCUUUUUAAUUCGUAUAAUACUAUUUCUACAAACAUUUCAUUGCAUUUUUUUCCAGGCUGACAUAUUAACAGAGGAACAGAUUGAGGAGUUCAUGGAGGCAUUCAAUUUAUUUGACAAGGACGGAGAUGGACUGAUCUCAACAAAAGAGCUGGGAACUGUGAUCAGAAGCCUUGGUUUAAACCCUACGGAAGCUGAGCUACAAGACAUGAUAAAUGAGGUGGACGCUGAUGGUAAUGAUUCGGUGGACUUCCCUGAAUUUCUUAAGAUGAUGGCGAAGAAUGUGCAAUGCACAGAUUCAGAGAAAGACAUUAAAGAGGCUUUUAGGGUUUUUGACAGGAACGGAGAUGGACUCAUAAGUGCAACAGAAUUGCGUCUUGUGAUGACAAAUCUUGGAGAAAGACUUUCAGAUGAAGAGGUCGACGAUAUGAUACGUGAAGCAGACAUAGACAACGAUGGUAAAAUUAAUUAUGAUGAAUUUCUGAAGAUAGUUUUGUCUGCAAAUUGA